AGCCCGGUUUGCCAAUACGGCCGCGCGGGAGGGUUUACACGGGCUUGGUGCGCGCCGCUCCGGGGGCGUGGCGCUCGCCGCCCGGGCUGGAGGCUUUUCAGGUCCUGUGCCAGACGCUGGAGCGUCUCCUGUGCUCGCUCCCAGUUCCCCGCGGAGGGGAGGCGCAGCAGCCCGGCACGGAGCGUGUCUCCAGCCGGAGGCAGGGCUCAGGGAGCAGGAUCCCGGCUCCCCACCGGUGCCCGGGAGCCAUGGCUUUGCCCAGGGCACCCCCGGGGUCCUGAGCACCCCGACCCCAAAGGCGGGAGCGGUGGGGCUCUCCGUGCGCCAGUCCAGCUGUUCCUGGCACCGCCCUAUGGGCUGGGGCAGCCGGCGGGACACCUGGGAGCCGGACCCCGCGCCAGGCUCAGCCGCGGGACAUGCAGGUGGCCUGGGGCAGGCAGGGCAGGUGGCAUGUCGGACCUCUCCUCGAGGACUUGCCAACGCCUCCAGGUGGGCUUGGAGACCCCACUGCUGAAGGGCAUCUGCUCUACCUGCUCUUGAAGAAGAUGCACUUGUUCCGGAGCUACAGCUACCAGAUCCAGCUGGAGGGCGAGGCAGGCAGCCUGCCCAGGAUACAGGGCAUCCGAUGGACACCGCUCCCUGACAGCGAAUCAGCCCCAGACUGCGGGCAGAGCCUUACGCAGGCACAUGCAGAGAAGGUUUGGAGAGCGGGGAGACUCCUGUACAGCCACCUCGUGAGCUCCUGUCCUGGCCUCAUCCGCGAUCACAAGUACCACCUUAGGCACCACAGGCAUUGUUGCUCCGGGAAGGAGCUGGUAGACUGGCUGCUCAGUGCAGGGCUGUCCAUCCAAAUGCGGGGCCAGGCCAUUGGGGUUUGCCAAGUGCUGGUGGAUGGAGGAGUCCUGACUCAUGUGAAGCAGGAGUGGCAUUUCCAGGACAAGGAUGCCCAGUUUUACCGCUUUGCCGAGGGGGAGCUGACUCUGGAGCCUGGCACCUGGGACACUGAGGAGCUACUGGAGGCAUUGGUCUUUCUGGCCCAGCUGGGCCCUGAUGCGCUGCUCACCAUGGCCCUGCGCAAGCCGUGAGUAUGCCACAUGUGCCCCCAUGGCUGGGGGAGAGCUGGGCUGCCCACCGAGAGACCCGCCCUCCCCACGGCUGGGCUGCCCAC